CACCAGAGAGGAGUCACUCAGAGGGGCUUGACCUUCCUCUUAGUAAGCGCACCUGCUUCACCAACCCUCUCUGUCUCUCUCUCUCUCCUUUUCUUUUACUCCCAUCAGAGGAUCAGAAAAGCUGCAACCAUGAGUUACAGGACCAGUGGCAGCAUGAGCGGAGGCUUCAGCUCUGGCGGAGGAUUCAGCUCCGGUGGCGGUGGCGGCGGCACUGUGAGGAAGAGCUUCUCAAGCUUCUCCUCCUCAGCAGCCCCUAUGGGCUCCAGCCGUAUGAGCAGCUCAUCAGUUAGACGCUCCGGAGGCGGUGGUGGGGGCAGCUUCGGCAUGGGCGGUGGUGGAAGUGGAGGAGGCUCCAGCUUCAGCUAUAUGAGCAGUGGUGGAGGCAUGGGCGGCGGCGGCGGCGGCGGCGGUGGAGGCUUUGGUAUGGGUGGCGGCGGUGGAGGCUUCGGCCUUGGUGGCGGCGGUGGAGGCUUUGGCCUGGGUGGCGGUGGUGGAGGCUUCGGUGGAGGUGCAGGCUUCGGCAUGGGUGGUGGUGGCGGCGGAGGUGGCUUCCCCCCCAUCACAGCUGUCACAGUCAACUCAAGCCUGCUUGCCCCCCUCAACCUGGAGAUCGACCCCAACAUCCAGACCGUCCGCACCAAUGAAAAAGAUCAGAUCAAGGGCCUCAACAACCGCUUUGCCUCCUUCAUCGACAAGGUACGCUUCCUGGAACAGCAGAACAAGAUGCUGGAGACUAAGUGGAGCCUCCUGCAGGACCAGACCACCACCCGCUCCAACAUUGAUGCCAUGUUUGAGGCCUACAUUGCCAACCUGCGCAGACAGCUCGACGGCCUGGGAGGAGAGAAGGUCAAGAUGGAAGGAGAGCUGACAAACAUGCAGGGUCUGGUGGAGGACUUCAAGAACAAAUAUGAAGAUGAAAUCAACAAGCGUGCCGCAGUGGAGAACGAGUUUGUCCUCCUCAAGAAGGAUGUUGAUGGUGCCUACAUGAACAAGGUUGAGUUGGAGGCCAAGGUCGAUGCCCUUCAGGAUGAGAUCAACUUCCUCAGGGCCAUCUAUGAAGCGGAGCUGAGUGAGCUGCAGGGACAGAUUAAGGACACCUCAGUGGUGGUGGAGAUGGACAACAGCCGUAAUCUGGACAUGGACUCCAUUGUGGCUGAAGUGCGCGCCCAGUAUGAGGACAUCGCCAACCGCAGCAGAGCCGAGGCCGAGUCAUGGUACAAGCAGAAGUUUGAGGAGAUGCAGUCCUCUGCAGGACAACAUGGGGAUGAUCUGCGCAACACCAAGUCAGAGAUUGCCGAGCUGAACCGCAUGAUCAGCCGUCUCCAAAACGAGAUCGAAAACGUCAAAGGACAGCGUUCUACCCUUGAAGGCCAGAUCGCCGAGGCUGAGGAGCGCGGGGAGAUGGCAGUGAAGGACGCCAAGCUCCGCAUCAGAGACCUAGAGGAUGCCUUACAGAGAGCCAAGCAGGACAUGGCUCGGCAAGUGCGUGAAUACCAGGAGCUGAUGAACGUCAAGCUGGCCCUGGACAUUGAGAUCGCAACCUACAGGAAACUGCUGGAAGGAGAGGAGGACAGAAUUACCUCUGGAGGGGGAACGGCAACCAUCCACAUAACCUCCGGCAGCAGCGGUGGUGGCGGCGGAGGUGGUGGAUUCGGCAUGGGCGGAGGCGGCGGAGGCGGCGGAGGAGGCGGAGGAGGCGGUGGCUUCGGAUAUGGCGGCGGCAGUGGCAUGUCCAUGAGAAGCGGUGGUGGCGGCGGUGGCUUUGGCAUGAGCGGCGGUGGUGGCGGCGGUGGCUAUGGCAUGAGCAGCGGCGGUGGCGGCGGUGGCUAUGGCAUGAGCAGCGGUGGUGGUGGCGGCGUGUCCAUGUCCCGCUCCUCCAUGACCUCCACAUCCAGACGUUUCUAAACACAGGAGUCUGUAUGUCUGUCCCCACCUCCCCCUCUCCUCUCCCUCCACAACCAAAACAAGCUACAAACUCCUCCUGUCACAUGCAGGCACAGAGCGUCCACUGAUCUACACUAUAACUCAGGAUGGGCUGUUAAAUCUGACCCCUCCUUAGCUGCAUAUUCCCCAUAGCUACUGGCUGGUAGGAAAUAGUGGAUGAUAUCAGAGGAUGCACUUUGAAUGCUGACAGAUCUUUUUUUAUCCCAAUGUUUCCAGUGUUUUUAGUCCUGCUACCUCUUCAGCAUCCUGUCCCUCACAGAUUCAGAACAUAGCCCUUAAAGAUAGAGGCAGUGAUAGUAAGAACCGGAAGCAGAGAAUUACGUCUGCUCCCUCUUCAGUCAGCUGUCUUUAACUUGCUGGAUGGUGCCUGUCAUGGUGACACAACAUUGGUUGGCGGUGCUGUGACAGUGCAUCUUCAUAAGGCAACACUAGUUUCUCAUCGCACACAACAUAGCGGCAGUCUCCAAAUGAGCCGGCAAGGCAGGUGCCAUGUUGUUCACUAAAUGUUGAGACAACUGACAGUACAACAUGCCCCUACCCCCUGUGUUCCACUGCCCCCAUAUUGCUGUGCAUUAUGGUGAAUGCAAGAUCAACUUAAGAAGCUAUACUAAAGUGGCACCCCCUUUCUCAGGGGUAAACAAUCUAGCGUUAACUCUUAAUUCUCCCUUUCCUAGGGACAAUGGGUUCUCCACUGAGGUUUGCAAAACAGUGUUUGGUUCUGUUUUUCUUUUCAUUCUGAUCAAAAAGGGAUGACUGGUACACCCAGAUUUAUUGAAUGUAAUUGAUCAUGUGUCAUCAACUAAACAUCCUGAAUAAAUCUGAGUUUUAUAAAAUA